UAAGUAACGGAGGCUUGAAAUGUCACGGGUAAUGUUUUGUAUGUGUAUCAAGAAGCCACAAAGAAAGAAAGCAGGAAUCACUCUUUAGUGGUUUAAUCUCAAAGUACUUCGUGGUUUUAACAUUUAGGAGGAUUAUACAAAACGUUUUACUUAUUUGUGACUUUGAAAAAUGGGACGACGAUCCAUAAACACCACAAAAAGUGGGAAGUACAUGAAUCCUACAGAUCAAGCGCGAAAAGAAGCUCGAAAAAAGGAACUGAAGAAGAACAAAAAGCAGAGGCAAUUAGUACGAGCUGCUGUUCUUAAGGGAAAGGAUCCCUCUCAAAUCAUCGAAGAGAUGGAAAAAAUAGAUCAAAUGGAAUAUAAUGUUAUGCAGCCUCCUCCACUUAAUGAGAAAGUUUUGAAAGAUAAACGGAAGAAAUUAAAGGAAACCUUAGAUCGCGUUUUGAAAAUGUAUGCUAAAGACGAUCAAGAGAAAUGGACAGAACUCAAAGAACAACUAAUUCAAUAUGAACGUCGUAGAACAGAUUUAUUAUCAUACUUUGAAGCAGUAAGACACGCUCAGCAAGUACAAGUUGACGAAAUUCCAUUACCGUCUGCAGUCAGCGAUAUAGCUCGCAUAUACGCUAGUUCUUUGACGUCACAAAUUCCGUUACCGGAUAUGCCUGAACCAUCUGCUGCAAAUCUAUAUUCGCCUCAUCCUCACUUAGUUACCCAUCAUCAUCAUAAUCAUCAUCAUCCAUUAAUGAAUAUUCCAAUACCUCCUAGUAUUUUAAAAAAAACCAGUGCUUACGCCGUAACUCCCAUUAUUCCUAGUUUAGCCCCUAAUAAAGAACCACCCGGUGUUCCACCCUAUCCACCUGCGGAUCUUGACAGUGAGGAUGAAGAAUUUCUUGACAGGAUCGGCAAAGAGACUGCAAUACAUCAGAACCAGAAGUCCAGAACAAUACGAUUUGCGGAUGACAAAAGCACUAAACUGAAACAUGAUUAUGAUAAAGAUCAGAAAGAAUCAGAAAAAGAGAAAGAAAGAGAAAAGGCUAAAGUUAAACAGCCAACUAGUCUUCAGCAGAAGAUGUUAGCAAUGGCGGGACAAGAUAUUGAUCAAUUCAUGCGAGAAAUGGAGGUAGUCCACAAGAAGCGCGAAACUGAACGAGCUCAAGACCUAAAUAUACGUUUAUCUUUGCUGAAACCUGAUUUAAAAGAUUCAGAGAAAUUGGGUAGUAAGGGGGUUACUGAAAAAGAGACAGCUGAAGAUUCUGAAUCUUCUGUUGUGACAGUAGCGGCGGAUCUUUUAUCCGGAGCGAGACAACCUGUAAUGACUCAACAACAACAGCAACAGACUGCAUUGCCACUCUUGGGUCUUCCUCCACCUCCUCUUUUAUUUCGCCCUCCACCACCACCAAUGCAUCUCAGAAUGCCACCACCUCCACCACCGCGACAUGGACUCAGACUUCCGCCUGGUCCGCCACCAGGAAUACCUAGAAUGUUGCGACCCGGUCCUCCCAGUAUGCCUCGCAUGCCGCCUCCACCAAUGCAGAUCCCAAAUUUAAGUGUCAUGGUGAACAAUCAGUUACAAUCACAGACGACAGCGACGACGAGUAGUGCAGCGCAAUUCAAGACUCCUAAUGUCCUUUCUGCAGCCCCUCAAUUGAUUAACAGGAAGGAUAAAGAAGGAAAGAGCUCCUCUUCUACAAUCGAGGCAAAACCUCAGAUUCGAAAUUUGGCGGCAGACGUUACGAGGUUCCUGCCUACUUCCUUAAGAGUUAAACGAGAUGAUAAAAAGAAACCGAGCACUUUUCUUAGAAUAACAGAAAAAAUUUUAGAAGUUCCUCCAUUAAAAUCUAUAUCUAUACAGACAAAAACAAAAGAUGAUGCUUACAUGCAGUUCAUGCAAGAAAUGGAAGGAUUGCUCUAAAUUCGAUGCACUUUGUUGUACCCACAAUAAAUAUAUUAUUGAAUUUUAAA